GGAAGUCAAUGUUUGCGAUAGUCUACUAACCUACUGAUGUGCCCUUCACAUGUUACUAGAACACCUGGGCACGGAACCUGAGCCAGGGCAGCGGCGAGGAGGGGAAGGUGCGUUAGGAAAGGAACGGGAAGAGCGUUACUCCCGUGACCCGGAGCAGGGUGGCACCGGAGCCUGGGGAUGCCCCCGAGUCGCCAGCCGAGGUGAGACCAGAAAGUAAGUGGGAGAAAGGACGACAAAGGCGGAGAAAAAGAAAGCUGCGCCUGCGAGCUGGCGGGCGGGAAGCGCUGGAGAUAAAGACCGGGAGGCGGAGCGGCGGGCUGGGCGGGGGUGCGGCGGGGGCGCGGCGGGGGCGGCGGCUGCGGGGACCAGCGGGCGCGCGGGAACCUACCGCGCAGAGGCGGCGCCGCAGCCCCUGCAUGUCGCUGCGCCGGGCGAGUCCCCGGGCUCCGCGCGCCCGCUGGUCCCCGCGCUGUGCGCCUUCCCACCCGGCGGCGGGCGGACUCCACGAGAGUUUGCUCCGGAGCGCGGGGAACUUUCCUGCAGAAGCACCGCUCCUGGAGAAGCAGCACCUGCGGCGCCCACUCGCCUCCGCUCCCCUCCCCGCUCGCGAGGUUAUUCAUGGGCUGGGCACUGAAGAGAACCAGAGAGAACUGAAGCUCUAUGGAGAACAAAUCAUGUGGUCUUCAGAACUGAGGAGCGAUGCAUCCAUCUGAAGUGGUCAUGAAUCCCAAACAAGUCUUCCUCUCGGUUCUGCUGUUUGGAGUGGCAGGGCUCCUCCUCUUCAUGUAUUUGCAAAUCUGGAUUGAAGAACACCACACAGGGAGAGUGGAGAAGAAAAGAGAACAAAAAGCAACUUCAGGAUGGGGACCAGUAAAUUACUUGCAGCCUGUACCCAGAAUCAUGACUAGAGAAAAAAUCCAGGAACAUAUCAACGACAAGAAUUUCCAGUUCCACAUGCCUGAGGAUCCCAAGGAAAAAAAGGAAAAUCUUAAUUCUGAGAGGUCUACUAGGGUCUUAACAGAGACCAGUCACUCACAAGGAGAGGGUCCACGUCUGGGUAAGACCACAGAGUCACCAACAAUUAAGUUGAUUGAAAAACAUCAAGGAGCUAAGACCCUUUUCAAGAAGCUCAGAGAAAUGAGUUGGCCGUUGGAGGUUCGCCCUUUAAACAAAAGUUUAGUCAAAGACAACAAGUGGAGGGGGACUGACGCAACCCAAGAGAAACGCAGGGCUUUCCUUCAGGAAUUUUGCAAGAAAUAUGGCGGAGUGAGUCAUCCUCAAUCACAUCUUUUUCACAUGGUAUCCAGGAUCUAUGUAGAAGAUAAACACAAAAUCUUAUAUUGUGAAGUACCAAAGGCUGGCUGUUCCAACUGGAAAAGGAUUCUGAUGGUACUAAACGGAUUGGCUCCCUCAGCGUACAACAUCUCCCAUGAUGCUGUUCACUACGGGAAGCAUUUGAAAAAGCUGGACAGCUUUGACUUACAAGGGAUAUACACUCGUUUGAAUACCUACACCAAAGCUGUGUUUGUUCGUGACCCCAUGGAAAGAUUAGUGUCGGCAUUCAGAGACAAAUUUGAACACCCCAAUAGUUAUUACCAUCCAGUAUUUGGAAAAGCGAUCAUAAAGAAAUACCGGCCAAAUGCCUGUGAAAAAGCACUAAACAAUGGAUCUGGAGUCAAAUUCAAAGAGUUCGUCCACUAUUUGCUGGAUUCCCAGCGUCCAGUAGGCAUGGACAUUCACUGGGAAAAGGUCAGCAAACUCUGCUACCCGUGUUUGAUCAACUAUGAUUUUGUUGGGAAAUUUGAAACUUUGGAAGAAGAUGCUAAUUACUUUUUACAGCUGAUUGGUGCUCCAAAAGAGCUGAAGUUUCCGAACUUUAAGGACAGGCACUCUUCCGAUGAAAGAACCAAUGCUCAGGUCGUGAGACAGUAUUUAAAGGAUCUGACGAGAACUGAGAGACAGUUAAUCUAUGACUUUUAUUACUUGGACUACUUGAUGUUUAAUUACACAACUCCAUUUUUGUAGUUUGCAUUCAUUUUCUAAAAUACUGUAUUUACUUCAUGAUGAUGGCCUUGAAUCAGCUGACUGUAAUUUUCCUAUAAUUCUCUGCAUGAGAGAAAUUGAACUAAAUGCAGUUGUCUUGACUUAAUGAAGGUUUUUACCAAAUAGUAUGACACCAACUGGCACAAAGUUAUAGGAAAAUUACCUAACGGAGACAUGUAAACAACUUGAGUUGCUCUAAAAUGUUUGGGAAAGAGCUGCUUUUGUAUAAUGGAUUAUAUUAUAGAAGCAAUAACCUAGCCAGCUGCUACAUUAGCUGCAGCAGCCUCUCACAAUGAUAGGGAAAGGGCUCUAAAAUGGCAUGAGUGAAUGUCUACAUUCUGGAAUUUGUUCCGUAAAGUGCAUGGAUGUAUUUUUAGCAGUCUGUGGCACAUUAAUCAAACAUUGGAUAGUUUUUUUACACCCUGGAGAUCUUUCUAUCAGCUGCAAUGAUAAAUCAAUUUCAAAAUGAUAUUUUGAACGUAGUUUACUUUAGGUUGGAAGGCAUUAUGUGAUUUACUGUAUAAGAAUAUAGCAGAAAAACCAGAUGAAGUUAUGGUUUUUUAUAUUCAACAGCCAAUAAAAAAUGUACAACGUGCUAAGAUCAAAGCAACAAAAAGAACCUCCCUCUUCCAGGAAAACUUAGGGGAAUGGAUUCCGUUUUCCUUUGAGCCCUCUAUGCAGAGACAAAAUGAGCACAACCACGAAAAGUCUUUGCUUCUGGUGCAGGCAGUUGCGAAGUUUAAGCCUCUUCAGAUAUGUGCUCCUAAUUCUGGUGUAAUUGGGCAGAGGUAGGGGAUUGUUUCAGGAUGGAAUUAUCACAAGUUUUAGAAGAAUAUUAUUUGAAUCAAAGCAUCAUGUGCAUAGCUUUAUAUGUGGAAUGUACUCUAAGAAUAGCUUUUGUUUUCAGUCCAAUUAUUCAGCUUGGGAAUGACUUCUUAAAAACUAAUAUACCACUUCACUGAUAGGUUUUGUUCUAGACAAUAAACAUAGCACGAGCCCUUAGAAAUAUUUUAAUGGGCUUAUGCAUAAACAAAUGAGGGUAUUUUCUUUUUAAGUUUAAAUAUUAUGUGCUAACGAUGUCAAAUACUAUUGCAUUCAAAUAUUAAAUCUAAGCCCUUGAAAAAUAA